AAAAAUAUAUAUAAUGUUAUAUCAACUAAUACUAUCGUUUAGUCUACUAUUAUUAGCCGAAAGUCGACAGCCCUGUGCUAAACGAGAUCUGGGAAAUGGUAACAUAGUAUGUGUCUGUAACGCCACUUAUUGUGAUACUUUGGAUCCAUGGAAGCGCCGGACACCGGUAGGUGUGGUAACUGUUUACGAGACCAACCGAGAUGGCGACCGAUUAGCCGAAACCAAACUGAAGUUUGCCGACAACAUCGACAUCGAUAGCACUGAUAGUGCCAAUGAUGUUGUUGUUGUCGACCAAACCGUUACAAUUGAUCGCAACAAAAGAGGCCAGAAAAUCAUCGGAUUCGGCGCAUCCAUGACCGACAGUACCGGAUUCAAUCUGCGAUCACUACCCGAGUCGGCCCAACAACACUUGAUUGACGAUUAUUUUUCCGCCAAUGGCUUAGAGUUUAAUUUGGUAAGAGUUCCGAUCGGCGGAUCCGACUUUUCCACUCACGCCUACAGCUAUGAUGACCUGAUGACUGAUGACUUUGAUUUGAAUCAUUUCAAUCUUACCGCCGAUGAUCACAAUUAUAAGAUACCAUACAUAAAGUUAGCUCAAAAAGUUAGUCCCUAUAAAAUUAAACUGUUUGGCAGCCCGUGGGCGCCUCCGGCUUGGAUGAAAAACAAUAGCCAACUAAUACACGGAGGCUAUCUUAUUGGUGAACCGGGAGGCAAAUACUAUAAGACAUUUGCCAACUAUUUUAUUAAGUUUUUAGACGCUUACAAAUCAAACGGUAUCGACAUUUGGGGCCUAACUAUUGAAAACGAACCGAAAGCCGGAAACUCAAAGACAUAUGGUUUCAAUUGUCUGGGAUUUACACCAGAAUUGCAAAGAGAUUUCAUCAAAAAAGAUUUGGGUCCAGCACUCCAUGCGGCCGGUUAUGGCACCGAUAGGUUGGCACUAAUGAUAUUCGAUGACCAACGAACCCAACUGUUUAGAUGGUCUUCGGUAAUAUUGGCCGAUAAGGAUGCGGCCAAAUAUGUGACCGGAAUAGCCGUACACUGGUAUGAGGACAAGGAUACAAAUGUCGGCGAAUUGGACCGAACACAGGCCAUCGAUCCGACCAAAUAUAUUAUAAAUACCGAAUCGAGUAACUGUUGUCACGAUUUGGGUAAUUGGGUUAACGCCGAGGCGUACGCUAAGUCUAUAAUCAUUGAUCUCAAUCACCAGGUGCGCGGCUAUGUUGGCUGGAAUAUGGCGCUGGACUUGCUGGGUGGUCCCCGUUGGUGUGGCGGUAAAGCUGACGCACCGGUAGCCGUGGACGCCGCCCAACAUGAGUAUUACAAACAGCCGUCGUUCUACAGUUUGGGUCAUUUUAGUAAAUUUCUUGCACCCGACUCGGAAAAGUUGGCCAUCAAUGAGGAUAAACCCCUUGAAAAUGUUUGGAGUACUGCUUUCGAGAGACCCGACGGUGCCGUUGUUGUGAUUGUAUUCAAUCAAAGUGCGGAUACCGUAAAGUUUACGAUCAAAGAGGCCAUCAAUCGGUGGGUCACUCAUACGCUGAGACCACACUCCAUACAGACAUAUAUUUAUUAUAAUAAUUAA